CCAAGAUUGUAACGAUGUCAAAAGUUGCUCAAGAACCACUGAAUUUUGGCCUUGUAGGCAAUAUUCCAGAAGAAUAUCACUCUGCUGACCUUCGAAACUUUUUCUCACAAUUCAUAGAAUCUGGAGGAUUCGAUUGUUUCCAUUAUAGACAUCGCCCUGAGAAGAAAGUGUUGUUAGAUGAAUCAGGUUUGAGGCAAGAAGUUGGUGAACCAAGCUCAAAGGGGAAUCCCCAAAUGCAAAACGUCACAAAUUCGUCCAGUCCACAAACUAAUUGUAACCCUUCUACCUCCUCAGCAUGCUCCACUAGUGAUAAACAGACAGUAAUUGAUAGCUCUAAGUUGUCGUGUACGAAAUGUUGCCUAAUCCGUCUUAAGAAGUUGCAAAUGGAUCGCCUUCUAAAAAUGUACAAUAAAAAACAUUGGUUGGACAAAAAGGGCGAUUCCAUUGCAAGGGUCUGUCUGAUCACAAGAGUUAGUAUUGGUAGUGAUGAAAGCAGCAGAUGUUCCGCUCAAGAUGCGGGUUACAAGACUCGAAGAGAGCAAAGACAAGUUCCUGAAGAGAGGGAGAAGUUCACACUAGAGGAUCUCAACAAACUAGCAGAGCUUCACCCUCCUGCUAUCAUGCCAAAUGGCAAUGUGGGAACUCAAACUAAAGUCUUCAUGGAUUUGAUCCGUGACUGUAUGUUGCCGCCAGGUGUGAUUAAAAAGUUAGGACUUAGUUUUCCUAAAAUGAGAUGUAAAAGACGCUAUGGGAAUGUCCCGUUUGAUUAUGGUGACGAUGUGAUUUUUGGUGCUGAGGAAGAUGAUGUGGUUCUGUCAGCAGAUGGACAUGAAUUGUGCAGUAAUUUAAAGAAGCUACAGAAAAGAAAAUCAAGUAAAAAGUUGGUCAAGGAAGCAGGUGAUUCGGAGGAUGAGCAAGAACAAGAACAAGAGUCUGGAUCGGAUGAUGACACUUGUGAAGAGUGGGAGCGACAUGAAGCCUUGUACGAUGAUCCUGACAACCAGGAGAGAAAUAAGGAGAGGCUUUUUGAGGAGAAGAUUGAGCUGAAGUGGGAGAAGGGAGGCAGUGGUCUUGUGUUCUAUACUGAUGCUACCUACUGGCAGCAGCAGGAGGGAGAUUUUGAUGAACAGACUGCUGAUGACUGGGAUGUUGACAUGAGUGAAUAUUAUGAUCCUGGCUCAGGAGAUAUGGAUGCCAAGGCACUCAUCACUAUGGGUAAAGAGAAAAGGAGGAGAGCAGGGAUCUUUGAUCCGGAUGACCACAUCUUCUCUGGAAAGAUCGGAAAGUUUGAAAAGUACACAAAGGGUAUUGGUCGUAAAGUGUUGGAGAAGCAAGGCUGGAAGGAAGGGACAGGAUUGGGAUCAACGAUUAUCGGGAUGGCUGAUGCUUUGGAAAACGAAGGACAUGCUCCCAGGUGUAGAGAUGGAUUUGGAUAUCAUGGAGAAAAGUUGAACCGCUACCCAGUAAAGAAGGACCGUGGUGAGAGAGAUGUGUUCAUUCCAACAGUAUAUGACAAGCCAACUGAAUUGGACCAACCAGAUACUUUGCGACGACGAAAAAGUCAUUAUACUAUCAAGUAUAGAGACAAAAUUGCAUUUACUAAGGCUAGUGAUGAUCAGACAUGAUGCCGAAGUUAAUCUGACAUGGAAAGUGUGAUUGUCUCAUUGUGUGGACAAUUUACUCCGCUGUCUAUGGUCACUACAUCAUUGUUUGUACAUUGUAUGAAUCAAAGUUAUCUGUAUACUUUUAAUUUUAUGAUGUAACUAUGAAUAAAGUUUAAUUGAUGGUUUGUAAAAGUUUAUGUGAAAUCUCUUCUUUCCAACUAUUAUCUCUUUUACACUUCUGUGAAAUGGUCUCCCAUCAAUUGGGGCAUUCGCGCAUUGUAACGAAAUACUCCUAC